UGUAAAUUGGACGCGUGAAUGAGGCCAAAACGGAAGCGAGUGUUAGAGCAUAGUGAAAUUUUGUGAGAAUCUAAAUAAUAACAGUAAUUAUAUGUUCUAAAAAAUUCAUUUUUUUAGUGAUAGUUAAAAAAUACAAAACGGCAGAAUAAAUUUUCAUGGCCAAUAAAUAUUCUCUCUCAUGAAAAAUACUUGCAAAAUCUAAACGAAAAGAAAUCCUGAAAAUGUUUGCGAAAUUUAAAAAUUAUUUACAGCGUGUUGUUAAUAGAAUUUUCGAAAGCAAAUCGGAUACAAGUGCAAUAUUGAAAACAGUUAGUGCAAAGGAAGCUCAAAAAUAAAAUUCCAAUGCAAUUCCAAUUAAUAAUUAAUUAAACAGAAAGUUCAUAAAGAUUAAAGUGUGCACAGAUUUAACUGUAAUGUUCAGUGGAAAAGUUAAAAUUUUGAAGUGAAACCUAAACAUUUACAAUGAAACUGUUUUCAAACUUCUCAACGCUCCCGCUCAGUAAAUAUGAAAAAAUGACUAUCGUUCUGCUGCUGAUCAGUUUGCUUGUUAAAGAAACCCUUACCUUUCAACCGGAAUUCGUGGAGAGCAUAUCCAAUGUCUCGGUAGCUGUAGGUAGAGAUGCCACAUUCACAUGUCACGUGCGACAUUUAGGUGGUUACAGAGUUGGCUGGCUGAAAGCGGACACAAAAGCCAUUCAGGCGAUACACGAGAAUGUCAUCACACACAAUCCACGUGUCAGUGUUAGUCACUUGGAUCAGAAUACAUGGAAUUUGCAUAUAAAGGCAGUGUCGGAAGAGGAUCGUGGCGGUUAUAUGUGUCAGCUGAAUACGGAUCCGAUGAAAAGUCAGAUUGGCUUUCUGGACGUGGUGAUACCACCAGACUUUGUUGCCGAGGAUACUUCAUCUGAUGUGAUUGUACCGGAGGGCAGUUCGGUCAAAUUGACAUGUCGUGCCCGUGGUUAUCCAGAACCGAUUGUGACUUGGCGUCGGGAAGACGGCAACGAAAUUGUACUUAAAGACAAUAUCGGCACCAAGACGAUGGUGUCUUCAUUUCGUGGCGAGGUAUUAAAGCUGACGAAAAUCUCACGCAACGAAAUGGGCUCAUACCUCUGCAUUGCAUCAAACGGUGUGCCGCCGUCGGUUUCAAAACGCAUCUCACUCAACAUACACUUUCAUCCUGUCAUUCAAGUACCGAAUCAAUUAGUUGGCGCACCGCUUGGCACUGAUGUGCAGAUCGAGUGUCACGUCGAGGCCUCACCAAAAUCAAUUAACUACUGGAUUAAGGACACUGGUGAAAUGAUUGUGUCCUCGUUGAAAUAUCACGUGCAGGAAUCCUCUAAAUCCAUGUACGAAACGAAAAUGACAAUGAUUGUGCGUAAAUUCCAGAAAGACGAUGUGGGCUCUUAUCGCUGCAUAGCGAAGAAUUCUCUUGGCGAGGUAGAUAGCAGCAUAAGACUUUAUGAGAUUCCCGGGCCAACUCGUAAAAAUGCAGCGGGCAAACAUGGCGGCGGCGGCGGCGGCGAUGCCGACACCAACGAUGUGCUGAAAAUGAAACAAGUCAAAGUCACAUAUCAGCCAGACGAUGAGGAUCUAUACGGCUCAGCGGAGGAUUUCGAUGACAGCGAACUGCCGUUGCCACCAUUAACGCCAAACAUCUAUUUCCCGAAUGGUCAACGGCAGGCAACACAUCGACCGGCUACGUCUGGCGCCGGCAUUAGUGGUGGCACACACUCCACGGCAAAUGGUGGCGGCGGCACCUCUGAUGGUAGACAUCACCACCACAACAACAACAACGUAGCUGGCGGUGCCGGCGGUAGUGGUGUUGGUGGCAGUGCAGGUGGUAUUGGCAGUCUUGAUUUUGGCAAUUUGGGCGCUACGAGCGGCAGCGUGAGUAUUUCUGGUGGUGGUGGUGGUGGUGGUGUUGUUGGUGUUUUCGCGGUAUCGACUUUUGGUGGCAUUACGCGUAGGCCAUUUUAUGGUGCCGUCAGCAGCAUUUUUGGCGGACAAACGGAAGCGCGCGACGCCAUGUACAAUAAGGAGACGGCACCGACCGAGCAGCAUAGCCGUCACUACGCUACACUAUGGUCGUGGUGGUGGCAACAACAGCUGAACAACUGUUAUUACCGAUGGCGUGGUCAUUGGCGGCAAGCACUGCACAUAUUGCUCGUUUCCAGUUUAAUCACUUCAUUCUGUUGGAAUUUAUUAUAAUACGCGGUUGUAGUUAAAUGCCAAUGCGUUGCACCAAUGCAACGCGCCACAACACCACCAAUAACGCACGUCAACACCCACCGCAUAGAGCAGAAGCGGAUGGGCGAAAGCGGAGCGCAAGUGGGACAAUGCUCAGCGGAUGCUGUCAAUGUGUCGAAAAUGUUGGAAAUGUCGGAAAACACGGAAAAGUGGAAUGUGGCGUCUCCUGUUGCGGUUGCCAGUUGAAUUAUAUUGCGAUAAGUAUGACUUUAGACAGGUUAGUAUAAAAUUUAAAAAUACAUAUAUACAUAAUAUAUA